AUGAGUCAAUACGUCGACUCACACACGGAAGAAUUUGGGGCCCAAGGCUCGGACGCCCGGAACACGCGGACACCCCCGCGAAUUGAAAUCGCGCCACUACCCACGCCUAACGAAGACAGGCGCAGGAUCGAACCAUCGGCGACCACGCAAAUGCUAGAGCAUCUGCGUAAGGCCCGUUCUACAAUAAGUCGUAUAUUGAAGUCAAUGUCAGUACAACAAUUUGAUUAUUUACAUGAUCUUCUAAUACCGAAGCUACAAAAAAGAAGUCGCAGAGAACCUUUGUCAACAGAAAUUCGUGUUGCUGUCACAUUAAGUUUUCUUGCUUAUGGAGAUAGCGUUGCGACUACAUCCUGGUAUUUUCGUAUAGGAAAAUCGACACUAUAUAAUAUUAUCCCCGAAGUGUGCAAAGCUAUAUGGGAAGUUGUACAACCAAUAUAUCUGCAAUGUCCACAACAAGAAAAUAAAUGGAUAAAAAUUGCAGAUGAGUUUUAUAACAUCUGGAAUUUUCCAAAUUGCAUAGGGGCAAUUGAUGGUAAACAUUGUCGCGUUCAAGCUCCAAUAAAUUCUGGUAGUGCUUUUCACAAUUAUAAAGGCUAUUUUAGCUUUGUGCUAAUGGGAAUUGCUGAUGCACGUUAUCGUUUUAUCUGGGUUGACAUUGGCAAUUAUGGUUCUCUUAAUGAUGCUGGAAUUUGGUCCAAUACCGCUAUGUGUCAAGGAUUAGAAAAUAAUACGAUAUCUCUACCAGAAGCUCGUUCCUUACCUAACACUAAUAUUAUAACACCAUUUUCCUUUGUGGGUGAUGAGGGUUUUCCAUCGAAAAUAUAUUUAAUGCGACCAUAUGCUAGAAGAAAUUUGGUAGAUGAUGAACAACGAAUAUUUAAUUAUCGAUUAUCUAGAGCGCGUCGAAUUAUUGAGAAUGCGUUUGGUAUUCUAGUAUCACGAUGGAGAAUUUUACAAAAACCUUUGAAUGUAAAAUUGGAAACUGCAGAAUUGAUAGUACAAGCUGUAACUUGUUUGCAUAAUUAUAUUAUAGAUACAGGGUCAAAUAACAAUCAAUAUUUACAUAAAGAUAUAGAUCGAGAAGGUUCUAAUGGUGAAAUAAUAGCAGGAAACUGGCGAAAUUUAAUAAGAGAAAAUAAUUUUAUUAAUCCUUUGGGACGGGUUGGUGCCAACAUCGGAACAGCCACUGCUAUGAGACAGCGUGAUACUUUAGCUCGUUAUUUUAUUUCAGAACAAGGAAGUAUACCAUGGCAGUGGCAACAUAUUUAAUAAGUUUAAUAAUUUUUUUUAUUAAAACUAUAAAAUCUUGUAACAUACAUAUAUUUGUGUAUAUAUCGUUUUUACAAUAAUAAACUAAAAACUUUUAUAACUUCAUAAAACCUUUUGUUAAAUCAGAAUACUAUAUCCUAAUAAAUAAUAAUAAAACAAAAAAAAUAUUACACUAUUGCACAGCAUCUCAAAAUGCAUUAAAAUAAUAUAUUUGUAUUUCUGUGCAAAAUCUCUUAUGGACAUACAUGUUUAUUGUA